AUGCGGUCCGUAUUCGAGCACGCAGCACGUUAUUUGGCUUUCUUCUCCGUCCUCUUAGCAAGGAAUUCAAAAGAUUAUUAUUAUUUUCUUAUCUUGGGUCACCCUUCCAUCGGCCUUGGCCUCCGGUCCCUCGUGGCUUCUGUCAGGGCGCUUACCUACCCGAGCGCGGCUUGCGCCGUUACUGUAUACGUAUAUCCACUCUGUAUAGCUAAAUCAAAGCAGUCUCUGGCCGCCUCUAUACCGCCUUUGUACAUCCCUCGUUCCGCAGUUGCCCUUCCAUGCGACACGGUCGUGCUUUACCUCUCACCCUUACUUCUCGCUCUAUAUUUUACUUCCGAUCCCCCAGCAUUCUUUUCUUACCCUUUUGCCCUCUUUUUAUCCAUCAUUUUUUCGCGUCCCAUUCCCACCGUUACGAGUCCAGAUCCAUCACGUUCAUAUCCAGAUUUCAAACAAUUUGCAAAACUCGCGUAUCGGCUAACACAGUCACAAAAACAGAUCCGUCAUUUGACUGAUUCUUCGGACUCGAAUGGCGGUGAACUCGAACAUUUCCAGGAGCUUCAUUAUAGUACGCCUCAAGUGGACCCUGACAGCACCCGCUACGUUAUCCUCAAGGACACUCUACCCGCGAACAUACAGGACGGCACCGAGGCCUACUAACAGCCUACUGUCGCUCCAGUCGUAAACAGACGCGCUUUUGUCGGCGGCGUACAAUCUCCAAGCUGGUCCGACACAUCUGUAACGGUCCUCCGUAAAAUAGAUGACAUCAAACAGCUCCGUAUUGGCGCAGUUUCUCCAGUAAAGACGAAUUCAAGACACCGUAACGGCGGUAGAAGGCCGUCAUCUACAUGGCGCUUGCCCCAGAAAUAGACGGAAGGAGCUUUCAACGCGGGUCCUAUUUCCGAAUCCUCUCCCCCCGACAGAGGUGAUUUGGAAACUUUAUCUCCGACUAAUCAGCGAAGUUAUAGGCAAGUCUACUGGCCAUUGGGCCAUGCGGGAUAAGGCAAUAAUAUUGAGCAUCGGAUGACUACAAACCUAAGGGAUCAUGAAGUGGUCAAUGCGACCUAAGGUAGCGCUGAGGGUG